GGCGGGAGCGGGCCCGGCUGCAGCCGCAGCGCCAAGGGGCUCCCGGCUGGCGGAGGCUCGGCCAUGGGUGAUUACCAGAUCUCGGUGGAGGAGCUGAACGACCUCCUGUCCGAUGGCAGCGGCUGCUACAGCCUGCCCAGCGCGCACAGCAACGAGGUGGUGCCGCGCAUCCACGUGGGGAACGCGUUCAUAGCCAAGAACAUUAUGAGGCUGCAGCGUCUGGGGAUAACCCAUGUUCUGAAUGCAGCAGAGGGGAAAUCAUUCAUGCAUGUGAACACUAAUGCAGAGUUCUAUGAAGGCACAGGCAUCAGAUACCAUGGCAUUAAAGCUAACGAUACGCAGGAGUUUAACCUCAGUCGCUAUUUUGAGGAGGCAGCUGAUUUUAUUGAGAAAGCCCUUUCCCAGAAGGAUGGCCAGGUGCUGGUGCACUGCCGGGAGGGCUACAGCCGCUCGCCCACGCUGGUCAUCGCCUACCUGAUGCUGCGGCAGCGCAUGGGCGUGCGCGCCGCGCUCUGCGCCGUGCGGCAGAAACGCGAGAUCGGCCCCAACGACGGCUUCCUGAGACAGCUCUGCCAGCUCAACGAGCGCCUGCUCAAGGAGGGCAAGAUCAAGCCCUAGGAUGCAGCGCUGCCCUGUUUGCUUUGAAGUUUCUCAGACCUUUAGAGGAUGCUUCAGAGACCCAAAUUGCAACUGCCGGCCUAAAGCGAAACAAUUCCUGCUUGUCUAGUGAAAGUAUCCAUCUUGAGCUCUGUGACUGUCUUUGGGGAUGGUGCGAAAUCGUGUCGCUGUUGGGAGUUGUUGCCGUAAGAGAUGUUUUUAGAGGGGUAGCUCCAGUGAUAACGGCAGUCUUCACACGUAUUUCAGAGCCCCUGCAGACGCCAUAGCAUACGCGGUUUGCAUUGACGUUGAAUGUGAUUUUAUCUUUAAUCUCACCAGAGCACCAGUUCCCAAAAGCCCCAACACGUCUCUUCACUCACUCUUGAUAGGAGCACUGCAAUUUCUAAAGCUUUUUCAUGCACACAGGUGCCUAAAGUUUGAAUGUAGGAGCUUCAAGGAAUGGGAAGCAUAUAUACCAAUGCACAGAUGCAUUCACUUGGGAAGUGAAGUGCAUGCAGUGUUUUGUGUGGGUUUAUGCAAUACAGAGUGUGAUAGUAAUGCCCUUCAGAGCCCAUGCUUGAUGCACACUGUGUUUCCAAGAAUAGUUUUCUAACUCUUGCUGUUACAAUGGACAUGAAAUAGUCUGUUGUUAAAUGCUCUUUUAUUUUUAUUUCAAAAUCAUACUAGAAGAAAAUGUCAAGAGCAGAUGCUAAGGGAAGAACUUGAACAAGGGAAAAAUAAUAUUAGUAUUUAGAAGUGCUUGUGGUGGAUGUAUAAUUAAGUCCUAAGUAUCCUAAUAUAAUGGCUUUCAAAGCUUAUAUGGAAUUACAGUGUCUUUAUCUGUUCUUUAGUGUCACUGUUGAGUAACACAGAAUGGAAUGACCACACGUGCACAUUGCUUCCAGCACAGGAGUGCUCACAAAGCAGUUCGCAGAAGAACGCUCUUGACUUCUGGGAUUGUUUGCAUGGUAUCAUUAAAUAGAAAUGAGCAUUAUAAUGUACCACACUGUAUAGGAAAUAUUUAUGCUCUAUUCAAAUAAAUGAUGUCUUGAUUCUGUUUACUACA